GCUAAAGAGCAAAGAAAAAAAGUCCCCCUCCAAAGCGAGGCUCUCGAUUCCCCUCCAUUUAUGGGUCGCCAUCUGGUAAGCGGGGCACGCCGAUUUUCCAGCGGCAUUUUCCAGUCUGUCCGCUCAUACUACACACAAAAUAGUCGCUGUUCCUGCGCCCGCGGUGCUUUUUCUUCGCCUCUUUUAAAUCCCUGGCGCUCGUCUUUUUCCUCUGCGUCGCUUUUGAAGAACAAAGCUGCCGCCAUGACGUCCGCCUCCGACCUCGCUGUCUCCGUUGAGGGACUCUCUAUUCAGUCGACCUCCGAGACCUCCAAGUUCCCCAACUGCUUCCCCUCCCUGAAUCCCGUCGACGUCUACAGAGAGCACAUUGCCGAGGAGCUGGCCAAGAUCACCGGCUUGGACGCGGAGAAGAUCUUCUCCCGCAUCGCAUGGACGAAUUCGUUGGACAAGGGUGACCUGGUGUUGCCGGUCCCCUCCCUUCAGAUCAAGAAGAACCCCCAGGAGCUGUGCAAGGAACUCGUCGAGAAGUUCCCCGAGUCCGACCUCAUCCUUCCCCCCGUUGCCUUCGGCCCUCACAUGCAGUUCUUCUUCCGCCCGGAGCGCCUCACCAAGAACGUCGUUAGCCGUAUCUUGAAGGAGAAGUCUGCCUUUGGUACCAAUGGCAACGUUGGUCUGCGCGACCCCGCCGACCCCUCCAAGGGUCGCAAGCGCAUCAUCGUCGAGUUCUCGUCUCCCAACAUCGCCAAGCCCUUCCACGCUGGUCACUUGCGCAGUACCAUCAUUGGUGGUUUCCUCGCCAACCUUUACACGGUCAUGGGAUGGGACGUCAUCAAGAUGAACUACCUUGGUGACUGGGGUAAGCAGUACGGUCUGCUUGCCAAUGGUUUCAAGAUGUUCGGUAGCGAGGAGGAGCUGACCAAGGACCCUAUCAACCACCUGUUCAACGUCUACGUCAAGAUCAACGGCAUCGUCUCCGAGCAGGAGGGCCCCAUCAAGGAGCUCAAGGAGCAGAUCAAGGCCAAGAAGGAGAAAGGUGAGGACGCCGCCGAGCAGGAGAAGGAGCUUGCCAAGCUUGUCGAUGCCAGCGAGGACGAGAACGCUCGCCGCUACUUCAAGAGCAUGGAGGAUGGUAACCAGGAGGCUCUUGCUCUCUGGCGCCGGUUCCGUGAGCUCAGUAUCGAGAAGUACAGACAGACCUAUGCUCGUCUGAACAUUGACUUUGACGUCUACUCUGGAGAGUCUCAGAUCAAGCAAGAGAGCAUGACCUCCGCUUACCAAACCAUGGAGAAGGCCGGCGUGUCCGAGAAGUCCGAGGGUGCUGUCAUCGUCGACUUCACCAAGCACGGUGCCAAGAAGCUUGGAAAGGCCAUCAUUGUCCGCAAGGACGGCACUCCUCUCUACCUGACCCGUGAUAUCGGAGCCAUCCUCGAGCGUGAGGAGGCCUACAAGUUCGACAAGAUGAUCUACGUCGUUGCCGCUCAGCAGGAUCUCCACUUGGCCCAGCUGUUCAAGAUCACUGAGCUCAUGGGCUACAAGGAUCUGGCCAACCGCUGCCAGCACAUCAACUUCGGUAUGGUGCGCGGUAUGAGCACCCGUAAGGGUACCGUCAAGUUCUUGGACGACAUCCUCCAGGAUGUCCGUGAUAAGAUGCACGAGGUCAUGAAGAAGAACACCGAGAAGUACGAGCAGGUCGCCGACCCUGAGGGCACUGCCGACAUCCUUGGUAUGUCCUCCGUCAUGGUGCAGGACAUGACCGGAAAGCGUAUCAACGGAUACGACUUCAACCUGGAUGCCAUGACCUCGUUCGAGGGUGACACCGGUCCUUACCUGCAAUACGCCCACGCCCGUCUCUGCUCCAUUGUGCGCAAGUCCGGCCUGAACGUCGACGAGCUCGACACCGCCAACCUGAGCCUCCUGACCGAGACCCACGCCACCGACCUUGCUCGUCUCCUCGCCCAGUGGCCCGAUGUGCUGCUCAACACGAACCGCACUCUGGAGCCCACUACCAUCCUCACCUACCUGUUCCGCAUGACCCACGUGCUCAGCUCCAGCUACGAUGUGCUCAAGGUUGUUGGUAGCGAGCCUGAGCUCAAGAAGGCCCGUAUGGCUCUGUACGAGUCCGCCCGCCAGGUGCUGCACAACGGUAUGCGCAUCCUGGGUCUCAGCCCUGUCAACCGUAUGUAAUGGAAGCGACCAUAAAAGAUAUACAUUUAGUGUGACCAAAUACCAAGCAUCUUUUUCAGCGUUCACAUCACACCCGAAAGACUAUCAAUCACACCGUAGGUGUUAGAAACAAAAAGUAGUCAUCUUUAAGCCGGGAUAAUACUCCGCCCCAUGAACCCCGAUCUGAUCGACAGUCUCGUCCGAAUAUCAGAUCACAUCGGCGUCCUAGUGUCUAGAUCCC